CAAGGCACACAGGUAACAUUAAGCUUGACAUGGAUAUUGUGAACGGAGAAAAACGCAAGAAGACAUUUACUGUAGUUAAGGAGRUGAAUUACUUGAUCGAUGUCAUUGAUGGCAUAAGCUCGUAUAUCCAUUGUCUGCGUCUCAUCGCCUGGCUUUUUCGGUUCAGUGAUAAAUGCAGACGAAAGUCUACGACAACCGCCAUUUYGCCAUCUCCUGACGAAUUACGACGUGCAUCAUACUGCAUUAUCUUCAAUAUUCAGCAACAACAUUUUUCAAACGAUAUUCAAUUGCUUCGAAAAAACCAAGCUCUUAAAGUCGGUGGACGUCUAGAUUAUGCAGWUUUACCCAACUCGCAGAAACAUCCGAUUCUGCUACCCAGCGAUUCCCAAUUUGUACUGAAGUACGUUCGACACCUACAUUUGCGAAAUUUUCAUGCAGGCCCAAAGGCAUUGGUAGCCUCCAUCAAAUUAGAAUUUUGGAUCGUCAACGCUAGAGAUGUUGCUCGUCGUAYCGUUCGUUYYUGUGUGCAUUGUGUUCGCUACAUACCAGUGCUGUUAAAGGCACCUCACUUCGGCGGCCUCUGGGAAGCUGCCGUGAAGAGCGCGAAAGGGUUGCUAAAUCGCACAUUGGCAAACACUAAAUUGACAUUCGAGGAGUUAAACACCGUUGCUGUAGAAGUAGAAGCCAUUCUUAAUUCACGUCCGCUAUGUUCAAUGUMAUCAGAUCCUAACGACUUUGGUGCACUGACAGCUGGUCAUUUUUURGUCGGUGAUUCUUUGCGUGGCUUACCUGAGCGCUCACUAGAGCUGAAGACCGUUUCACACCUUGAUCGCUACAACCCAAUCACUGCCAUCAAGCAAAGUUUUUGGCGUCGCUGGCCUGUGGAGUAA